GUCAUUAUUUACAUAGCUACAAAGGGCGGGAGGGAUUCCAGAACAAUUGGUUAGGUAGGUUAAUGGAAAGUAUUCUUUGUUCGCUUUCUUGUUGGUUCUUUCUGAAACGUGGUUAUUGUUUGUGGGCUUGGUGUUGAUAUAUUUACCACCGCCCUCGAAAGUCGCUGCGUUGCGAGGGAGUGUUACUACGAUUUUUGAAGUUACUUUUUCUUUCUUUCUUUUUUUUUAUACCUACCUGUUUCGACGAUUCGAUAGGAAUCCGUAGUGCAUCUCGUAAUCGUCCACUACUCACAAUGAACUGCACCAACGCGCCCGCCGCCGUCCCCAGCGACGCCGGCAUCGCAGGCAUCGGCGUGCUCCUCUCCUUCAUAGUCACCGCCGCAAUAUCCCUCCUCAUCAGCGCCUCCCUAGUCUUCCAAGAAAUGCGCAACGUCCAGAAACCCUCCAUCCUCCGCCGCAAACUGCUCAACUCGUACUCGGACCAGCAGAUCCUCACCGGCAUCGGCAUCCAAUCCGUCGGCCUGGCCAAACGAACGAGCCUGGUCCCGUACCACUUCUUCCUCGUGUGGAUGCUCUCGUUACUAUCUAUGGCCGUACAUAACGCCACCCUGCUCGCUCUCGCGCGCGACUUCCGCCGCGACUGGGUGCUCCGCUGGAUGCGCGAGCUGCUUAUGCUUGUUAACCUGGUCCUGUCGUGUACAUACGGGAUAUUCAUCCUGCGCUCCGUGCAGCGCGGCAUCAACGACGCCACGUUCCCCGUCGAAUGCGCAUGGCGGCCCGAGACGCAGAACGGGCCACCGGCCGGCAACGCGGCGGUCUCGUACGUAGGCACCGGGGCCGUGAUAGCGGGGAACGUGGCUAUCUUCGCGCUGGCGAUAUGGUAUCUGCACGCGCGCACGCGGCGCUUCUACGCCGCCGUGCAAGCGGUCGGCUUGGUCCUCAUGGCGGCGUUUGCGGUCGGAGCGACGGUCCGCGUGGCGUACCUCGCCGAUGCGUUCGCGCACUCGACGCCUAUCCGGCUGAGCGACGGCGGCGAGCGGGAGUGGAGUUUCGGACAGUUGCUUUCGGUGGGCAUGUUGCUGUUGCCGCUGGCGACGGUCGUCGAGAUCCUAAGGGGCGAGAUUAAGUGCGCGCCGCCGGAGAGCGAUGGAGAUGAUGAGGGGAAGGGUCGGUUGUUGGAUGAGGAGGAGCAGGGGCAGGGGCAAGAACAAGGGGAGACGCGGGAGUUAAAGUCGGAUUUGCAGGCCCAGGAAUGCCCGGGGUUCCAGCCGAGUCCGCUUUCGAGGUCGGUGUCGAGUCUUUUGCAUAAGAAGUAAUAGGAGGAAUGGGAGGAGAAGAGAAGAACUGAAAGGGAAGGGAAAGGAAAGAAGAAAAGGAGAGAGAAUGAGAAUGCUGGCAUAUGAUUUUUUACGCUUGAUGAGCGAGAUGAGAGAUACCCCUUACGCGAAUGAAUAGAUAAUAUCGGGUUUCCCCUUUUAUAUUUUAUAUUUCUUGUCUCUUAUGGGCCGUCUUGGAAUGAUGAGCCCGCGACUUAUAUCUAAUAACAUAAUCUAUUAAAUAUUUACUUACGUCUAAGUGAC